CAUCAGGGUGUGUGAUCCUCCUCAGAUGCAGACUUAUUGAAUUAAAACAGCCGUCAUUUCAGUGCCUCGACCACAUUAGACCCUUGACAAAUCUUUAUAAAGCUAUGUCGUUUUUAAUAUAACGAGUCGAAUCGUUUCAUCAUGUUUGGGAGAACGGCUUUUGUCUUUAUUUCUUCGUUGCUUGGAUUACACAUCUCAGGCGGUAUCUCUGCAGAUAAUGAAGUUUAUCAGAUACCGCACAGGCGCAUGUCUAAUGGACUGACCGGCGCUGGGGUCCGUGUCCAGGAGAAGGCUGUAAAAUUGAAUGGGGAAGUGAUUCAUGGACAGUCCCGGGCACGAAUCGCCAAGCUGAUGCCUGCAGCUUUUCUAGAGUCCCACUUCCAAAGAGCUCAGCGGAGAAAGUCAGACGUUCACUUCCUACCCAGAACUGACCAUGUGGAGAACAAGCCCAAAUCUGCCCAUCAUACAGUCACGAUGGAAGAAAAGGAUGACAUUGAGUUGUAUGUGUCUUCUGUGGGGGCAUCGGAACCCGUAGCCCAUGAGGAAAUGAUCAGAUUGCUCAAGAUCAACACCCUGCACCACAGCUCUGGACCGCUCGCCACCACAGAGGCAUCCACAGAGAAGAGUAUUCUUAAAAACCACCAUGAGAAGAACAACAUCUGGGGCAAAGAUGGAUUCUAUGUGCUGGUUAUCUGCCUCAUAAUAUUCAUCACAAUUUUCACCUGUUUAAUGGUGCUUUACCGUCAAAAGGAGAAGGAUUUGUUGGACCAGCAGAUCAAAUAUCCAUCUCAAUCCACCCGGGACGUGCAGCUGGCGCCGAUCCCUGUUCAUGGUGCUCAGCACCCCCUGACUCUCAAGAACAGCAUGGUUCAGGCCAACCAGACCUCCAAAACCUCCUGUGCUACCAGUUCUACUAAAACCAUCAGCACAAGUACCCCCUCCUGUAACGUCAACAUCCUCCAUACUGAUUUCAGCGUGAGCUCAGAGCUUCAUUGCUCCACCGGACACUCUGUACCAGAACUCAAACCCACCGUCUCCUCCACACAUUCACCAUUUAGGAUGAAACCUGUUGCAGGACUGCAGGAGAGACGGGGUUCUAAUGUCUCGCUGGUUCUGGAUAUGAGUGUUUUGGGUUCUGUGGAGCCUGUAAGUUGUGGGGUCAUAACCCCUCGUGAACGUGCCACUCAAGAAUACCUGCAGUCGGCCAGUCGGGGGCUUUUACGGCAGCAGCUUCGUGAUGUCACACGCAACACCCAGAUGCUGCAUGCAGAGUUUGUAGAAAUUCCAAUGAACUUUGUGGAUCAAAAAGAACUGGAUAUCCCAAAUCAUGGAUCAAAAAACAGAUACAGGACCAUUUUGCCAAAUCCACAUUCCAGGGUUCUUCUUAAGACUAAGAAUACCAACGACCUGCUCAGCAGUUACAUUAAUGCCAACUACAUACGAGGUUAUCUUGGAGAUGAGAGGGUGUUCAUUGCCACUCAGGGUCCAAUGAUCAACACAGUGAAUGACUUCUGGCAGAUGGCCUGGCAAGAGGACUGUCCUGUCAUCGUCAUGAUCACCAAACUCAAAGAGAAAAAUGAAAAAUGUGUUCUGUACUGGCCUGAGAAGAGAGGGAUCUAUGGGAAGGUGGAGGUCUUCAUUAACAAUGUGAAGGAAUGUGACCACUAUAUCAUUCGCAGCCUGAUACUGAAGCAUGGAGGCCAGAGUCGUAAAGUCCAGCACUACUGGUACACCUCAUGGCCAGAUCAUAAGACCCCAGAGAGUGCCGGACCCCUGCUGCAGUUAGUGAAUGAUGUUGAGGAGGACAGGAAAACUUCAACAUCCUCUGGACCAGUUAUUGUUCACUGCAGUGCUGGAAUUGGUCGGACAGGGUGUUUCAUUGCCACAACGAUUGGCUGUCGUCAGCUGCAAUUGGAGGGAGUUGUGGAUGUGCUGGGAAUUGUGUGCCAACUGAGAACAGACAGGGGUGGCAUGAUCCAGACUGAGGAACAGUAUGAAUUUGUGCACCAUGCGCUGAGUCUGUUUGAGAGUCGCCUUCCUGCAGAUCGAGGACAAUGAACUUUAAGCCAAGAGGAGCUUCAGUUCUUAUAGCAGUUUAACCAAGAGCACGUCUCAAGAGAUCUGUUAUUUCCAUGAGAUUUCUGAAUCAAUAGAGAUGAAGGCAAAUAAUGUUUCUGAAGAUGGAUCUUCAUGGAUUUGUGUUGUUUGCAUAUGAAGCAACGGUUGCAACAUCGACGCCUUCAGUGUUGUCGGAAAGCCGCUGUUGGCAGCAGCAAGUGUAACUGUAAUCAAAUGUAAUUCCUAUCAAAAACGUUCAAAAGCCUUUGUGACGUUUGUGAGUUUCAUGCAUUUCAAAUGGUUUUGCCAUUAGUGUUAAAGACUAUCAAAGUGUCGUAAUAUCGUAGAUACAGCAUAGAGAUGACUCUAAUAAUACUUUUGGUUCUAAUCGUUUUUAUCCGAUUUGCUGGGCAUAUAUUGAGUUGUUUUAAUACUGAUGUAUAAAUCAGGUAUAUAUAUUCUGUGUGUGGUAGUAAUAGUAUUUUUGGACAAUUUAAUCAUUUUUAAUAGUAUUCACCUGUAGGAUAAUAACGCAGGGCUGAUUUGAAUGCUGUUUGGUUAGGGUAAUGGUUCUUAAACACAGUAAUUAAAGACUCAGAUUUCCUGUGCCACUAUCAAUGGAAAAUAUUCUUUACAUAUUAACUCUACAGCGCCACAGCAAAAUAAAUGAUGUCUUUGCAGAGUUGUGAGUUCACAGCCUUAAUCAAAUGUGAUGACUUAGAGAGACUUUGUGCCACAAAAUUAUACGAAGACCGUUCAUUAACUUAAAGUGCAAAUUGAAUCAUUAAGAAACUAUUGGGAAUCAUUCAAUGGAGUCGUUUUAGGAGCCAGAAUUGUUCAAUUCCGUCCGAUUCCCGUCUCUAAUAACAUCAACACCAAAACAACACAUUUGGGAGAAAUUCAUAAAUGUUGGAGUUUUCUUUUUCAUCUACAAGUGUAAUUGCAAUUGUCCUAGACAAUUUAUAAUUCUAAUAUGUCAGUAUGUUCCCUGAAUGCAUAUACUAGUUGUAGUGUGGAGGUUCAUAUUGCACCACAAGGGUCUUGCUGCUAAAACUACAACUGUUUAUUAUUUUAGGGGAUCAAAUAUAAGGGGGAAUUUCUCAAAUUUUUGUUCUGUUGUAUUUAUUAUUAUGAUUUUUAUUACUUAAUACUUUCAUAAAUGUUGGUUAUUGUCAGUGUGCACUGUUAUGCUAUAUAUCUUCCACUAUGUGGGCUUAAUGUUAGGCAGUCUGUGACAUGUUUUCAUAUUUACGCUUAUUGAUUAUUAAUGUGAAUAUUGUAAAUAAACUGUGCACAAUAAUAAUAUUAUAAUCUGCAUUCUGCUCGUAUAGAUGCCUCAGUCAGGAAGGGUUGCAGUAUACAGGAAGCAGCCUAUAUUGAUGGUCUGGACUUUUUUUGUUGAUAAUACUGUGAUUACACUACAGUUGUUAAACUUGUGUAAUGAGAUGUAUACGUAGAUGCAUAACUCUGUCCCUAUAAACCAUAAUACUUUGUUAGUGCUACACAGACAGUGCUUUCCAGUUGCAUUUAUAAUCUUACUUCUGACCUAUAGCCAAUGUAAAACUGUGACCUAAAGCCAUAUUCUCUCAUGUUUACAUGUUUCUUCAAAUCUGCUUAUUCUGUUUCUGAGACCUGUCAUGUGAUGAAGUGUUUUUGCAAAUAAAUAAGGUAAAUGUUGCUCAGUCAGCAAAGUACAGAAUCUAUCAUUUUGACUAAUGCUCAUUACUGCCAAUAAAUA